AUGGAUGAGCUGAGAGGGAAAACUCUUAGAGCAACAAUCCGACCCGGUGGGACGGACUCUGUUCUGGGAUUGACUCUGAUUCGGAGCCUUUUUUCCGGGCCUUCUCCUUCCUUUGUCAGCCCUUACCAGGAGAUGAACUUUGACCUUUGGCCCGGUCUGCCUGGAGCUGUUCUCCAAACCCGUGGUCAUCCUGCCCUGCCAGCACAACCUCUGCCGCAGGUGUGCCGCCCACGUCUUCCAGGUCAGAGACGUUUAACCCCCAAGAGGGCCCCCAGCCCCCCCAAAAGGGUCCGGGCUGGACCAGGCCAUCGUCCAGCUCCGGGCCUCCUCCCCCUGUUCGGCCUGCAGAGGAACCUGCUGGUGGAGAACAUCAUCGACAUCUACAGACAGCAGGAGCACAGCAGGUACCCAGCAGAGAGAGGCCCCACACUCCCAGAUACUGGGGGCUGUCCCAAACUGGAGCCAGUCCGAAUUGUUGGAAACGUGAGACCUUGUGCCCCCUGCAGGCUCCUGAACAGGAAGCCAGAGCAGCCGACGUGUGAAGAGCACGGAGAAGAGAAGAUCAACAUCUACUGCCUGUCCUGCCAGACGCAUGUGCAAAGUGUUCGGCCGCCACAGACACUGCCAGGUGGAACUCCUCAGCCGCGUCUACCACUCACAGAAGAUGGCGGUGGCUCUGGCGUGCUGUCGAGCAGCUGGCUUCGUUUGACAUUUCGGCGCCGGCCUCCAGCUCUCACUCAGCCUCUGAGUCACUCAUCUGAAAUUCAGAUGAGUCCCGGGGAAAGUUGUCGAUUCUCUGAGCGAAGCCUGACAGCGAAAAGUUUGCUGUUGCUGCUUACUGUGGUUUCUGUGCAGGAAAAUGGGCGGAGCCAGAGGGAACAUCUGGCCGGCGGCUUUUCCCGGCUGACGGCCAGGAAGCAGGAGCUGGUGGAUUUUAUCACCCGGCAGCAGGACCAACGACUGGGGCGCCUGCGCUCCCUGAUUGGUCGCUACGGCAACCGGCUGGAGGCCGCCAUCACGCUGGUGGAGUCCACCUUACAGUCUAUGGAGGAGCCCCACGUGUGUGUGUUCAUACAGAACGCAACGGCCACACUGGAAAAAAUGGCGGCGAUGGCGAGGAGCUGUGAUGAGGAGCGGCUGGAGCUCGACCCCGACGGCUUUAGCCUCCACACGGAGCACGCUGCCGACACGUGGGACACGAGGAAGAGGAGUCAGAAAUGGAUUCUGGCCUCAGAUAUUAAGAGCAGCAGAACAGAUGAGAUGAGUUCUGACACCUUUGUGACGUUUGAGAGUUAA